UUCCAUAGCCUCUGGUGUUGGGGGGAAUUCCUCCGCCUUCACCUCUUCAUACACGCAGUAAAAACACGUAUACAUAUAGACAUACAUAUACAUACAGGCUAAUAUCCCUACUCUCUCUGUCUUUCUCUCUCUAACCCAUUCUCUCUCUCUCUCUCUCUCUCUCUCUCUCUUCAUGAGAUAAGAGCUGUUUCUGUUCUUCCGCAGCACCAUCUUUAUAUGCUGCUGCAUAUUUUCAUUUCUAUAUAAUUCCCAGCAGCGAAAAGAUUGCCUGACCCUCAAAGAAAGGCCCCUUUUGCGUGAUCUUCAAAAAUCAUUAAAACAAAAAGAAAAAAAGGAUCGAGAGAGAGAAAGAUUAUCGUCUCAUCAUUAGGCAAAGGCAGAAAGAAAGGGAGGGUGGGGGGGGUGGGGGUGGGUGUGUAAGCAAGUAACUACGUACAAUGAUUCUUGAUUUAUAUAUUUUUUUAAUUUUUUUUUUUGUUAGGGAAUGGGAAAAAAGGUAGGAAAAAAUUGAGGGGGUGAAAUUAAGGCAAGGCAAGAUCCAAGGUUUGUUUCUCAGAAGCACACAAGCCAAAGUGGGGAAAAAUCUGAAAAGGGAGAGGACAAAAAGAAAAAGAAAAAAGGUAAUGUUUGACCGCAGAAAUCGAGGCAAUUAAAAAAAUAAAAAUAAAAAUCAAAUCUUUUUUCAUCAUCAUCAUCAGAAGCAAAGAAGGAAGAAGAAGAAGAAGAAUUACAGGCGUUUUAAACAACUUUUGUUCUGUCUAGGUCUCCGAAGAGAGAGAUUUUGAAAGAAAGGAUCUCAGGAAUGGCUUCAUCGUCAACCUCGCCGUGCGCGGCGUGCAAAUUUCUGCGGCGGAAAUGCCAGCCGGAGUGCGUGUUCGCGCCGUACUUCCCGCCGGACCAGCCGCAGAAAUUCGCCAACGUGCACAAGGUGUUCGGCGCCAGCAACGUGACGAAGCUGCUGAACGAGCUGCAGCCGCACCAGCGCGAGGACGCCGUGAACUCGCUCGCCUACGAGGCCGACAUGCGGCUGCGCGACCCCGUCUACGGCUGCGUCGGCGUCAUCUCCCUCCUCCAGCACCAGCUCCGGCAGCUGCAGAUGGAUCUCAGCUGCGCCAAAUCGGAGCUCUCAAAGUACCAGAACCUCGGGAUCUCCGGCCACGGCCUGAUCGCGCACCACCAGGGGAUCAACUUACUCGGCGGCGGCGCCGCCCGCGACCACCACCACUUCCACCACCAGCUCUUCCCGGUGAAUCAGCAGCAGGUGAUCCGGGCCUUCGACGGCGGGAAUGGAUACGACGCCGGUAGCCUCCUCGCCGUGAACAUGUCGGCCAGCAUCGGACAGCUCGGCGGAUUCCAGCAGUCGAGGACGGGGGCGGCGGCGGACGGCCGCCGGACGCCGGUUGAACCGUCUUAGGGUUUUGUGGAGAAAUCCGGCGGUACGGAAGAAAGAGGUCACCAGUGGGAUUAUAAUAUAUAUAUAUAGGUAAUUAAUUAAAUUAAUUAAUUAAUUGCUUAAAUUAGACACUACUUUUAAAAACUAAAAACACUUGUUUAAAUUAAUUAUUGUUGUUAUUCGAUCUUUAUUACUAUCUC